AUCUUUUCCAGCAAUUUACGUUGUUGUUUCUAAUAUCCCUAUCUUCCUUAACACUAGAUUCUGAGUUCAAGUACCAUUCUAGGUCUUGAGCACAAACACAAUGCUGACACUCAAAUGCAACACUGAGAAAGCACUACACUAUUGGAGUUGCUGUCUUUUGGAUAAAAUUUUAAACUAAGUUCCCCUCAGACUGCACAGGAUGUAAAAAGUCCCAUGAUUUCAAAGAGCAUAGCUGUCAUUCCCUGGCAAAUAUCUGCUCCUCAAUCAACAUAACAAAGAUUACUCAUAUUGUUGAACACAUUCGUAAACGUCGGCGACAUACGGGUGUUAAUGUACAACAAAAAAGCAGAAGUUUAAUUCAUUUUAAGAACCAUUUUUGGCGAUUUGUAUUUUUAGAACUUGGUGGUUUCGAGGUGUGGUUUGUGGAGACAACGAACAAUAACAUCAAUGCCCAGCACUCGAUUUCCUGGGGGCUGGGAUUUUCCCACAAAUCGAUGAGUUGCAGUUCACUUCCGCCGCUCAGUGUUUAUAUAUGUUGUGGCAGACUCGGCGAGUCACCGCAGAACUCGGGCAGGAGGACGAGUCGUUGUAAUCAGAGCAAGCGUUCCCGUUUAUCAGAUUUAUAUCAAGAAAGCAAGUUCUUGUUAAAGAAGAAAAAAAUGAAGAUUAUGAUUUUACUGUCAUUAUUCAUUUGCAUUGAGAUGUCUUUGCAGAGUAAUCUGUUGCAUACAAGAAAAUUACGUACUUUAAGCAGAACAGAUGUAUGCAUAGAAUCACCAUUUGAAAUCUACAGAAGAGGUGAUACCUGGUUGCGAAUUCACAGAAACAAAAUACAGCAAUGUAAAUGCAAAAGGAAUGCAAUUUGUUAUGAUGUACGCACAAAAGAAUGCAGCACAAACAAAUGUCUAAAUGGAGGAAGCUGUGCUCAGUAUGUGUAUUCGAAGGAUUAUAUCUGUCAUUGCCCUGAGGGAUAUCUGGGUAAACACUGUGAAAUAGACAAUAAAUCCAAUUGCAUUAAUGACAAUGGAAAAGAUUACAGGGGAACAAGGGACUAUACAUUGUCUGGCAAAGAAUGCUUGCAAUGGGACUCAUUUGCUGUUCUUCAAAGAAAAUACAAUGCACAGAGGUCAAAUGCAUUAAAGUUGGGUCUUGGAAGUCACAACUACUGCAGGAAUCCAGGUCAUGCUAAAAAGCCUUGGUGUUAUGUUCAGGGUUCAAUGUACAGGGAAUACUGUGAUAUCUCCAAAUGUGAAAAAGUUGAGUCCAAGUGUGGCCAGAGGGAAUAUAAAAUGAACAAGAUUGUUGGAGGAAAUGAGGCUGCCAUUGAAUCUCACCCUUGGCAAGCAGCACUCUACAUAACUGAUAGUCGUUCCAAAAGUUCAUACUUUCAAUGUGGAGGAAGUCUGAUCCACCCUUGCUGGGUUCUGACAGCUGCACACUGUAUUAACCCAACAAUUUCUCACUCAUGGUAUUAUGUAACACUGGGAAAAUCUUCAACAAAUAAACCUAGUAAAAAUGAGCAAACAUUUGCAGUGGAAAAAAUAAUAAGCCAUGAAAAUUUCAAUGAUGAUACCUUUGACAAUGACAUAGCUCUGCUAAAGUUAAAAUCUCAAUCUGGGACGUGUGCAAUAGAGUCAAAGUUUGUCCACGCCAUUUGUUUGCCUUCUAAACACCUUAUAUUUUCUGAAAACACUCAGUGUGAAGUUUCUGGAUAUGGGAGGGAAGCUGAGUUUUCUCCUUUCUACUCCAAAUUCCUGAAGGAGGCAAGAGUGAAUUUGAUUUCACAGCAAAAAUGUAGGUCUCCUGAAUAUUAUGGAAAGAAAUUAACCGAAAACAUGUUGUGUGCUGCCCAUCAUAACUGGAAGGAAGAUGCUUGUAAAGGAGAUUCUGGUGGACCUCUUGUAUGUGAAAACAAUGGACGAAUGAAUCUUUAUGGAAUAACCAGCUGGGGAGAUGGGUGUGCCCGACCAAAUAAACCAGGCGUUUACACAAGAGUUUUAAAUUACAUCCAGUGGAUUGAAGAAAACAUGAUUUAGGAGAUUUUAAAAUCACUGGUCUCAUUAUCAGCUGAUCAGUUACUGAUUUGCAGUAAAGUUUGUGUGUCUGAUACAAUGAUCCAAUCUACCUCAUUUCUGUAAUUUGUAGUUUUGAUGAAGUUGUUAAAAUGUCAUCUAAGACACAUUUUACAAACGCUACAUUUUAAACCUUGUCUGUGUCAGCAAUCUCUUCUUUGUUUUUCAUUUGAUGUAGCUAACCCUAAACUUCUCAUUUAUUGGCAAAAUAUUAUGGCUAAUACAGCUGUACAGGAUAUUGGUUAGGCCAUUUUUGGAAUAUUGUGUGCAUUUGUGGUCUUCCUCCAAUUGGAAGGAGGUUUUGUAAAUUUGAAAGAGUUCAGAAAAGGUUUAUAAGGAUGUUCCCAGGGUUGGAGGAUUUGAACCAUCGGGAGAGGUGAAUAGGCUUGCGGCUGUUUUCCCAGGAGUGUUGGAUGCAGACAGAUGACCUUCCUGAGGUUUAUAAAAUCAUGAGGGGCAUGAAUAGAGUAACUAGACAAGGUCUUUUCCCUAGAGUGGGUGAGUC